GCAGCUACAGUUUUCAAGACCAAGAAAUAGCACCAACACGGCAAUAUCUCCUGGAAAAGUAAACCCACUGCUGCAAUUGAAAUACUCCGUACGUAGUAGUAAGACGGGUUUGGGACGCAAUUUAUACGUCAUCGUCUCCCGUUCAUGUCUCCUAUUAAUCAUCUCUGAUUACGUAACAAUUGAUCAUCUUUGUUCGAAGCUUUCAUCUGUGCUCUUCGAAUUUGCUCUUCGAAGUUUUCAUUGUCUCCCAGUUUAGCUUUAGUAGUUAUGUCUACUUUUUCAGAUGAAAUUGCUUUUACUGGACAGUUAAUUCAAGACAUUGAAUCGAGAGGCGAAAUACUUAAAUUUGAUUCAGCUAACCAUUCUUCUAGCAGUUUUGAUUCUAUACCACAAUCUGAUUCUUCCCUUUUAGUUAAAGAAGCUGAAGUUUCUGAGCUUCUUGAAAAAACUGUUAUGUCAGAGAAAGAAGCUUUUGAUUUGUAUAAUGAGUAUGCUUUUAGGAUUGGCUUUGGCGUUCGUUAUUCUACUCUACGGAAGAAAGAAGGUUGAUGUGAUGUUAGAGGUAGAGAAUUUUGUUGCACUAAACAAGGUUCUAAGAAAAAUAAAGGUGUACAUGGUAAGGUAUUCACCAAAGUUGAUCGUCGUACAGGUUGCAAAGCAAAAAUUUAUUUUGAGUUUAGAAGCAAUGGUGAAUGGGUUGUAGUUAGACAUCUUAUGGAUCACAAUCACUCUUUCUGUCCUGGUUCUUUAGUUCAUCACGUGAGGUCUCAUCGUGAUGUUUCUUCUUCUGAAUUGACAUAUUUGAAUCAUUUGAGAAAUAGAGGCGUAAAAACAGCUGACGGUUUCCGCUGUUUACAAGCUGAAGUAGGUGGAUCUCCUUCAAUUGGUUUCGUGCUGCGCGAUGUCUACAAUGAAUUGAAAAAAAACAAAAAAAAGUUUUGAAGGUUGUGAUGCAAAUACUUUGAUUAGUAUCUUUAGGAACAUACAAACAAAUGAAGAAGACUUUUUUUCUUUAGAAGUUGAUGCUGAUGGUUCUUUAGUUAGCUUCUUUUGGAGAGUUGGUUGUUCACGAUACUACAUAUCGUACAAAUAAGUACGAUAUGAUUUGUGGUCCUUUUGUAGGUAUUAACAAUCAUACGCAUAACUGUAUGUUCGGUUGUGGGUUUUUGUUGAAUGAACGCAUUGAAUCCUUUGAAUGGCUCUUUACCACGUUUUUGACUUCAAUGGAUUCAGUUCAUCCAAAAACCAUUAUGACAGAUCAGUCUGCAUCCAUGGCUGUUGCUAUAUGAUGGUCACUACUUUCAAUUGUUCUGAAAAUGCAUGGUUGAAGAAACUAUAUGGACUUAGGGAGAAAUGGUGUCCAUCAUUUUCAAAAGAUUACUUUUCUGCUGGCAUUUUAUCAUCACAAAGAAGCAAGUCAACGAAUAAUUCUUUGUCUAGAAAGUUGAAUGCAACAUCUUCUCUUUGUGAUUUCUAUCACUUUUUUGUGAAGUUGUUAGUGAAUGGCGGAGUAAUGAGAGAUCAGAUCAACAUCGUUGUUGGGAUGGCUUCCCCGAGAUAUCAAUCCCACAUCUUGGUAUAUUACAUAAAGCUUCUCGAAUUUACACGAUUGAUGCUUACAAGCUUUUUGAGAAGGAGUUUGUCCGUGCUAUGUCUUUGAAACAUGAGGUUAAACAUUGUUUUGGUUCUGUUAUUCGAUAUUUAGUUUGGAUGCCUCAUAUUGAUCAGUUUUCACAUUGGGUUUCGUAUAACACGACAUCACAUUUUGUUGAUUGUUCAUGUAAGAGGUUUCAAGAAGUUGGUAUUUUGUGCUGUCAUUGUCUUCGUAUAUAUCAUAUCCACUGCGUUGAAGUUCUUCCUGAUUCUUAUGUUUUAAAACGUUGGACUCGAAUAGCAAAGUCAGUUGAACAGAGUCAGUCAUCUAUGUUAUCCAAUACUUCUAAUGUUUUGUCUUCUGUUUGGAGAAUGAAAAUGCAAAGGAAACUCCACAAACUUCUGUGUUCUAUUGAUUCUAAUGCGUCAGCGAGGCUGCUUUGUGAAGAGUCAUUCAAAAAAUUGAAACAUGAUAUUGAAGAACAAGUUGGCAGUAUUUACUUCUCACACAGUGAUUCAGCUUCAAUUGGAGUUGGUACAAUUUCUAAUCCCAAAAGUUCAAGGAAAAAAAGUGAAAGAAAUGUUCGGUGCAAAAGUAUUGUUGAGAUUAAAUCAAAUCAAGCCCGAGGAAGGAAAAAGUCAACUGCACCAAGUACCUCACUUAUUGAACCCUGAAAAUUGUAAACACUCUUAAAAGCUUUGUUUUUGUUUACAUACUUUUUUUAUUAUUCAAAAAAGAACAUAUUUUAUCCUUUUCUUAUCAUUUUAGUUUCUGUAAUGUGCACUUAUAGACUUUACAUGUUCUUUUCUCUCUAUGUGUUUGUUUUUGUUUUUACUUUUAUUGAAUCAUACAUUCCCCUGAUAUAAUAUUUU